AUGGCGACAACCUCUGAUGAUGAGUCGGCUCACUUGCCCGCCCUGUUCCAUGCCUGCUUGACCAUGGAUGCCAUGGCGGAGCAGCAGCCGGUGCCACAGUCGAUGUUAGGUUUCGGGCAGGCGCAUGAGGAACAUGACACGGCCUACAUCGCAACGGUAAGAAAUUCACCUGUCCACCCCCAGUUCGAGAGCACCGCCCACCCUGCCCCUGCCCGCUCCACUUUCCUUUUAUUUCCGCCGCCACGCCACGCCAUCUCGCGCAAGGACAAGGCUCCGGCUGCCGCCACCGCCUCUGCCCCGGCUAUAAAGCCGCGCCCUUUGGCCGGCCCGCUCCUCCUCCUCCUCCUCCUCCUCCUCCGCGCCGCGCCUCUCGCCUGCUCGCCGCGCCCUGCCCGGUCCGCUCCUCCUCCUCCUCCUCUUCGUCCGGGCGGUGCCUCUCUCCUCCGACCUCCCCGCCGCGCUCCGGCCGGUCCGCUGCUCCUCCACCCUUCGUCCGGGCCAUGCGUAGGAUAUAGACAAAUGUCGCAUUUGCUCUUCCUUGUGUUGCUAAGGACACUGAUGGGUGGGGUUUGCUUACAGCACAGGACCGAUAAUUCUGAUAGUAUGCCAAGGACUGCUCAGGGUUCCUAUCACUUUCUGUUUUACCAACUAAGGUUCAUCUUGUGACACAAAAUACAAUUUUGGUACGUGCAGACUCUGAAAUUUGGUGAUAA